AUGCCUCAGCAACCAAUGAAUCAAGCUCCUCCAGACAGGCCUAAUGAAUUACAGGCUGCAUUAUUGACUCUCACCAACACCCAGACUCAGUUCAUGACAGAGACUAGAUCUUCUAUCAGAAAUCUUGAAACACAAGUGGGGCAGUUGGCUAAUAUGCUAAAUAAUAGACCACAGGGAAACUUGCCUAGCAACACUGAAGUUAACCCUAAGGAGCAAGUUCAGGCAAUUACUCUGAGGAGUGAUAAACAAAUUGAGCAACCCAGUGUACAACAGUCAACAAUUCAGAAUAAAGAGUUAGGUGAGAAAUCUGAUACAAUUGGGAAAGGGGUUAUUGAAGACCACCAGAGUUCAGAAAAGAGUCCUCCAGUUGUUGUUGACCAGCCAGUUCGUGUUCCAUAUCCUCAAAGGCUUAGAAAAACUACUCUUGGUAAACAGUUUUCUAAGCUUUUUGAGGUGUUUAAAAAGUUACAUAUCAACAUUCCUUUUGCUGAGGCCUUGGAGCAUAUGCCCAGUUAUGUAAAAUUCAUGAAAGAAAUUCUGUCUAAGAAAAGAAAGAUGGAAGAUUAUGAAACUGUGGCGCUCACUGAAGAAUGUAGUGCAAUAUUGCAGAGGAAGCUGCCCCAAAAGUUGAGAGAUCCAGAGAGUUUUACUAUACCUUGCACAAUUGGACAAUUUGAAUGUAAGCGUGUUUUAUGUGAUCUGGGGGCGAGUAUUAAUCUGAUGCUCUUAUUGGUCUUCAGAAGACUUGGUUUGGGUGAGGCAAGACCAACAACAGUCACUCUACAAUUAGCAGAUCGAUCGGUGAAGCAUCCACGGGGUAUUAUUGAAGAUGUUCUUAAAACAGUCUCGAAAAGAAAGGUGAGUAGUGAUGCUUUAGAGGUUGUGUCAACAUGUGGUGAGGUAGAUGAUGAUGAUGUUGAGAUGAGAGAAUAUGUAGAUUGGAUUAAUUCUUACCAACCAUACAGGAAGAAGUUUGAAGAGUUAGCAAAGGGGCCUGAAAGACCAUGA